AGAAUAGUCAAGUAGAUAGAGAUAUCCAAGAAUCUUUGACUCAACAAACUUUAACUAGUUUAAAUGAUAAUAUAUCUAAAGAAUCAGAAAUCUCUAAUGAGAAGCAGAUAAAUAAUGAGCAGAUAUGA